AUGGCGGUGCUCGCUUCGCUUUCGGCGGGUCCCUCUUGCAUUGGCGUUUCCGAAUGGGGGUGUCGAGGGAGCCGCGGGACCGGGCCGUUCACCUGGGCCGGGGCGACCCUUCAGGGACUGGCGGCCCGGUCCGAUCGCCCCCUGUUCCCGGCCCCGCCGGCCCUUCCCGGCCUCCAGCUCGACGGUCCCACCCGGAGAGCCCUCUCUCCCCCACCCCAGCCCCAGCCUGGCGGGCGAAGGCAGCUCCGGGGACCCCGAGAGCGGCUGGGAGGGGAAGCCGGCGGGGCGGGCGCGGGCGCGGCGGCUCUUCGCCCCGAGUCGACGUGGAGGAGGCCCCCGAGAGGAUCCGACAUGGCCGAGAGGAGGUUCGGGAGGAGCCUCCGGCUGCUCGGCUGGCGCGGACCCCGGCGCUGGCUCGCCUGCCCCCCUCCCUCCGCAUUGGGAGGGAGGGAGGGAGGGAGGGGGAUCUGCCUCCCCCCAGCAGCCAAGGAGAGCCCCUCUUCCCCGGCCACGCCUCCUGCCACGCCCCCGCGGCUGCACGCCCCCCCCCCCCGACGAGACGCCCCCCCCCCCGCGCCUCCUGCCUCCCCGGCCCGCCAACUUCCCCCCCAUCUCCCCCUCGGGCAGCCCCCUCGGCAGCCUCCCAGCCCCCGAUCCGGGCCCCCCUCCCCCCCCGGCGCGCUCCGGGAGGUGGCAGGAUGCCAAGGGGCCGCCCGGACCGGCGCAGACAUGCAUCGCACCACCCGCAUCAAGAUCACCGAGCUCAACCCCCACCUCAUGUGCGUGAUCUGCGGGGGCUACUUCAUCGACGCCACCACCAUCAUCGAGUGCCUCCACUCCUUCUGUAAGACGUGUAUCGUGCAUUACCUGGAGACCAGCAAGUACUGUCCGAUUUGUGACGCCCAAGUUCACAAAACCAGGCCGCUUUUGAACAUCAGGUCAGAUAAAACUCUCCAGGACAUUGUGUACAAGUUAGUGCCAGGCCUUUUCAAAAAUGAAAUGAAAAGAAGAAGAGAUUUCUACGCUGCUCACCCAACUGCUGCUGAUGCUGCCAACGGCUCCAAUGAAGACAGGGGAGAAGUCGCAGACGAAGACAAACGCAUCAUAACAGAUGACGAGAUAAUAAGUUUAUCCAUUGAGUUCAUCGACCACAAUAGAGUGGAGCGGAAAGGCACAAAAGAGAAAGAAAAAUCCAAAGAGGAGGUGAACGACAAGCGGUAUCUUCGCUGCCCAGCCGCUAUGACUGUGAUGCAUCUGAGAAAGUUUCUCCGGAGUAAGAUGGACAUACCCAACACUUUCCAGAUCGACGUGAUGUACGAAGAGGAGCCACUGAAGGACUACUACACGCUCAUGGACAUCGCCUACAUUUACACAUGGAGAAGGAACGGGCCCCUCCCUUUGAAGUACCGGGUCCGGCCGACCUGCAAGCGGAUGAAGCUGGGGGGCCACCCCCGCGAGGGCUUGAAUCACAGUGGCGAGCUGGAAAGUGACUCUGGGAGCGACAAGGCCUGCAGCCCCGCCGGGGCCGCCCCGUCCACCUCCUCGUGCCUUCUCAGCCCGCCCGCCUCGGUCCAGUCGCUGCACCCGCAGUUCCCGCACAUCUCCAGCACCCUGAACGGCGGCGGGGGCAGCCCCGGCAGCAACCACCACCCGCCCUUCACCAACCGAGCGCGGAAGGCCUCCCUCAAUGGCUCUUCAGCCACCUCCUCCGGCUGA